GGAGAUUACCACUGCCCGACUUACAUAUCGAAGGACAUGGUGUCUGUAAACACCGUGACCAAAGACGCAUUUAAACGUUUGCUACGCACAAUGGAUAAGAGGUAUGUUCUGCCCUCCCGCACAUACUUCAAUCAAGUUGCCAUCCCACAGCUCUACGCAGAAUGUAAUGCCAAAGUUGUAAAUGAGCUGGAAAACACGGAGUUUUAUGCGUCAACUACUGAUCUGUGGUCAAGCAGAACGACCGAGCCCUACAUGAGUUUGACCGUGCAUUUCGUCAACGCCAACUUCGAGUUGUGUAGCCGCUGCCUGCAGACAGCAUACUUCCCCACUGACCAUACCGGGGAGAAUAUUGCCAUGGGGCUGAAGGAGUGCUUGGCCAACUGGGGUCUAAAAGAAGAGGCCCAGACGUGCAUAACAACAGACAACGCUUCAAAUAUGGUCAAAGCAAUGGGACUUAACCAAUGGACCAGACUGCAGUGCUUUGGACACAGGCUGCAUCUUGCAAUUGAAAAUGCUGUCAAAGAUGAGCAAAGAAUCAAACGGGCCACAGGACUUUGCAAGCAGCUGGUUGCGGUCUUCACUCACAGCUGGAAGAAGAAGGCGGCACUAAAACAGGCACAGCAAGACUUGAACCUACCUCAACAGUCACUGGUCACUGAAUGUCCGACACGAUGGGGCUCCGGGCAGAAAAUGAUUGGGAGGGUGUUGGAGCAGAGCAAGGCACUGUGCCAGGUUCUGUCUGAAGACAGGAAGACGCGGCACCUGGUCCCCACUUGGCAAGACACAGAUGUCCUUGAAUCUGUAAACAAUGCCCUCGGUCCUCCUCAGGAGUUCAAAGACGCCCUCUCAGGUGAGGACUACGUAAGCGUGUCAUACCUGAAGCCAGUGCUCCAUCUCCUCAGAACAGCAACGCUUGCUGAAACUGACCAGGACACGAAUCUCACCAAGGAGAUCAAAUCAAGAGCUCUCCACUACAUUGAAGAGAAAUACAGCGACCCAGUGACACAGGAGCUCUUGGACAUCACAUCCUUCCUUGAUCCAAGAUUCAAGAAGAGCUACAUAAGUGAAGAGAAUGUCCCAUACAUCAAAGACAGAGUGAAGAUGGAAAUGGAACAGGUGGCACAAAAGUUGUGUGUCACAACCCAUCCCAUGCCCCUGAGUGCAGAAGAAGAACCACCAUCCACCUCUACAAAGCGAAAGCGGUCACUGGGCAGCUUUUUCAAGACCAAGGCGGUCCCUGCUUCCUCUACUGUGCAGUUGGAGGAUACCAUUAAAGCAGAACUGGACAACUACCUCAUAACUCCUACCAUUGAUGGAGAGCAAGAUCCACUGGCCUGGUGGAGAGUGCACAAUGUCAACUUCCCAUGGCUUAGCAAGUUGGCUCGUAAGUACCUUUGCAUACCAGCAACGAGUGCACCAUCAGAGAGACUGUUCAGUGCCAGUGGCAAUAUUGUCACAUGUCAGCGUGCAAGUCUGAAGCCAGCAAAGGUUGACAUGUUGGUUUUCUUGGCCAAAAAUCUGGGGAAGGGGAAGAUUUAUUGAUUUUUGUUGUUGUUCUUCUGCACCUUACCCUGACAUGUCUUUGUUCCAUUAAAAAAGGUGUUCACUCUUUUUUACUUAUCUUUUGUUUACCGACUAGAUGUUAAAUAAUUUAACCAGUUGGACAUCUUUUGUUGAUGAGGAAACUGUAGGGUCAUUUAAACUUUUUUAAUUAUUAUUAUUUAUUUUUACUACCUUUACAUUUCACUUCCUCUUGCCACUUUAUUUGAAGAAGAAGCACAGGUUUCUGAAUACACGGGUUGAAUAUCUGUAACUGCUGCUGAUGUUGAGGUUCAUAAGCUAGCUCCUUUGAGCCAUUUUGCACUACUUUUAAGGUAAGACUUCUUUUUUUUGCUCCACUUUGUUGUUACACUGAAACUUGUUUCAAUAAAAAAAAUCGUGGUUGAAAUCGAAAUCGCAAUCUCUGCCAGAAAAAUCGCAAUUUCAAUUUUUUCUUAAAAUCGUUCAGC